CUCCUCCUUCUCCUCCUUCGCCUCCCCUCAGCCUCGUCCCCGCCUUCCCGCCGCCGCCUCCUUUCCCUCCCCGCUCCCGAGGGCCGGGACUCGGGACGCUGCUCGGUCGCUGCCCGUGAGGAAGAGGCGGCCUUUCCCCCCCCCCCGUCCCCGCUCCCCAUUCCCUCCCCUUUUCCCUCCUCCCGCCGACCGGGACUCGCCCUGCACCGGCAGGGAGACGAUCGCUGCCCGCUCCUCCUUCUCCUCCUCCUGCAGCGGGGGCCGCAUCCUGCUGCCGGGGGGAGGGAAUUGAUGUGGAGACCCAGCGCAGCACCAUGCAGCCGCCGCCGAGGAAGGUGAAAGUUACACAGGAGCUAAAAAACAUUCAGGUUGAGCAGAUGACAAAACUUCAGGCCAAGCAUCAGGCAGAAUGUGAGCUACUUGAAGAUAUCAGAGCAUUCAGUCAGAAAAGAGCAGCAAUCGAGAAGGAAUAUGCACAGAGCAUUCAGAAACUGGCCAGCCAAUACUUGAAGAAGGACUGGCUUGGAAUAAAAGCUGACGAGAGAAGUGAUUAUAGGAGCAUGUACUCCGUAUGGAAGUCCCUUUUAGAAGGCACGAUGCAGGUGGCUCAAUCCCGCCUCAAUAUCUGCGAGAACUAUAAGAACCUGAUUUCAGAGCCAGCCCGGACUGUGCGGUGCUUUAAGGAGCAGCAGUUGAAGAAGUGUGUGGACCAGUUGACGAGGAUCCAGGCUGAGUUACAGGAGACAGUCAAAGAUUUAGCUAAAGGCAAGAAGAAAUACUUUGAGACGGAGCAGAUGGCUCAAGCGGUGCGGGAGAAAGCAGAUAUUGAGGCCAAGUCCAAACUUAGUCUUUUUCAGUCAAGAAUAAGCUUGCAGAAGGCAAGUGUAAAGUUAAAAGCACGGCGAUCUGAGUGUAAUUCCAAGGCGAUCCAUGCAAGGAAUGAUUAUCUUCUCACAUUAGCAGCUGCUAAUGCACACCAAGAUCGCUAUUAUCAAACAGACCUAGUAAACAUUAUGAAGGCUCUCGAUGGAAAUGUAUAUGAUCACCUUAAGGAUUAUUUAAUGGCAUUCAGCAGGACUGAACUAGAGACAUGCCAAGCUGUACAAAACACAUUCCAAUUUCUACUGGAGACUUCCAGCAGGGUGGUGAGGGAUUACAAUCUCCAGCUGUUCCUACAGGAGAACUCAGUGUUUCACAAACCGCAGCCUUUCCAGUUCCAACCAAGCGACAGUGACACUAGUUUUAAUGCAGUUCAACUGGUGGAUAUUGAGCCCUCACCUGUCAGUGCUAUGAGAAUGACAAUAGCAGAGAGUCGACAACUGGAAUCGGAAACUGGAACGACUGAAGAGCACAGCCUCAACAAGGAGGCUCGGAAAUGGGCAACCCGAGUGGCCCGGGAGCAUAAAAACAUCAUCCACAGUCAGCGGACACUUGAAGAGCUGGAAUGCCAUGGGCCUGUGAUGUCUGAGCAAACCCGAGCAGACCUGGAGCAGAAAAUAGAUGAAGCCAGAGAGAGUAUUCGCAAAGCUGAGAUAAUAAAGCUGAAAGCAGAGGCUCGUCUGGACCUGCUGAAGCAGAUCGGGGUGUCCGUGGAUACGUGGCUGAAGAGCGCCAUGAACCAAGUGAUGGAAGAACUGGAAAACGAGCGCUGGGCCAGCCUGCCCUCAGUGACCAACAAUGGCUCUUCACACCUGGGAAAUGCUGAUGCAGAGAAGGAAGAAGGUGAAGAGUUUGAAGACAGCAUGGACGUGUUUGAUGACAGUAGUUCUAGUCCUUCUGGUACUCUAAGGAAUUACCCUCUCACCUGCAAAGUUGUUUAUUCAUACAAGGCUUCUCAGCCAGAUGAAUUGACCAUAGAGGAACAUGAAGUGUUGGAGGUUAUUGAAGAUGGAGAUAUGGAAGACUGGGUAAAGGCACGGAAUAAAGCGGGUCAUGUGGGGUAUGUGCCAGAGAAGUACCUGCAGUUCCCAACGUCCAGCAGUCUGCUGAGCAUGCUGCAGUCCCUCGCCGCACUGGAUAACAGAUCACACACCUCAAAUAACUCCACGGAGGCUGACUUGGUCUCAGGAACCCUGAAUGGAGACUCCAGUGUGUGUUUUGUGAAAGCACUUUAUGAUUACGAGGGCCAGACGGAUGACGAGCUGUCCUUUCCGGAAGGAGCCAUCAUCCGCAUCUUGAACAAGGAAAAUCAGGAUGAUGAUGGCUUUUGGGAAGGAGAAUUCAACGGGCGCGUUGGGGUCUUCCCAUCAGUGUUAGUUGAGGAGCUGACGGCCUCAGAAAACGGAGAGACUCCGUGGAUUGGAGAUAUUCAGGUAUCCCCAACUCCAAAGCCUAACCAUGCCCUUCCACCGCUGCCCCUGUACGACCAGCCUCCCACUAGCCCCUACCACAGUCCGGAUAAACGAGAUUCUCAGUACUUCCCCAGAUCACCCUCAACUAAUGAAAACAGCUUCAGCUCAGAGUCCCCUGGAUUCUCCCAGCCUCCACGAGUUCCUCCUGAAAGUUCCUAUGGAAAACUGCGACCUGUACGAGCAGCUCCACCACCCCCAACACAGCAUCACCGCCGGACCACAGAGAAGAUAGAGGACGUGGAAAUCACCCUGGUGUAACGAUGGGACUAGUUAAGUAGUAGUGCUACAAUCAAGACCAAACGUGAUAUUUGGUCGAAUCUCAGUUUUUAGGCACCUUUGCAUGAUGAAGACUUUGACUAGAACAAGAGAUAGGGAGGAUUUUAUGUGGCAGUGACCUGGUGGACUCCUUCCCGCAGUCAUGACUCUUUCGUGCCUUUUGAGUUUGUUGCUUUGAUUUAUAUACAUCAUUCUUCCUCUCUUAGCACAAAGCAAGACAGGCCAAACAGCGAGCAGAGGAUUGCCUUGGAGCAGGUUUCUCUCUUGGCUGAAGAUGGUCAGUUUUUAUACGGAGGCUGAAGAGAAAGAGCCUCCUUCAUGCAACUUAGUCAUAACGUCCUUCGACCACGUGCAUUAGUACAGUAUAUUACUGUUGCCAUAGGAAUGUGUUAAAAGAUUGUCAAUUCUCCAAGUAGCAUUCACUUUGUCUGAUUAGGGAUUAAUCAGAUUUGCAGAACGAAAAGAAAGGGAACUGAAAGAAGUAUAAACAGAGGCUGGCUCCUCUUCAAUCCCCUUGCAGAAAGGAAGAAACAGGCAAAGAAUCUUCUAGAUGAGGCAAACUGAUGCAGACCAUACGUUAAUGCACACCUCUUCAAUGAUGAACAGUUCAGCUGUUACGUCCUUCGUAUUCGUAUUUAUGCAGUACAUUUAGGAAUAGAGUAUCUAAUAUGGAGGUGCUGAAUUAGUAGCAACAUCUUGUUCCAUAGCAUAAACCAACUGGUAGAAAAGUUAA